GGACACAGUGGUGGGAACUUGAGAACUUGAAAAUGGAGGGAAAAUUAAACCCUAAAAUCACAGCAAAAUGACAAAAAAGUGUUCAUGCACUACACCAGUUAUAAAAUCAGAAAUCAUAAUCACACUCCAUUUUUCUUAAACCCCCCUUUCAUGUCACAUUUCUGAUUUCUUCACCCAAAGAAAGAAAGAAAGAAAAAAUCAUUCCGUUUGUUUGUGCUUCUGUUUCUAUGGCAAGGCUGCUCCGUAACACUUCACUUAUCAGACGCUCUUUCUUACAACCCGAUACAGUGAAUGCAUUUCUUGUUUCUGAAGAAGCUCUUGGUUAUAGACUUAAACGAGGAAUUUUCGGCAUGUCUCAAUCUUUGAGCUUUUCAAGUAAAGGUAGAAGGCGCUCUAAGUCAGAUGGAAGUGACUCUUGUGAAGAGAACAUGUCUAAGAAAGAUUUGGCCUUACAACAUGCCAUGGAUCAGAUCACUUCUGCUUUUGGAAAGGGAUCUAUCAUGUGGCUUGGUCGUACUAUCUCACCAAAAGAUGUACCUGUGGUCUCAACUGGUUCAUUUGCUCUAGAUAUAGCGCUCGGUGUUGGUGGUCUUCCAAAGGGACGUGUUGUGGAAAUAUUUGGACCUGAGGCUUCUGGGAAAACAACUCUUGCUUUACAUGUGAUUGCUGAGGCACAGAAGCUAGGAGGGUAUUGUGCCUUUGUUGAUGCUGAGCAUGCACUUGAUAAGUCACUUGCAGAGUCUAUUGGUGUUAAUACCGAGAACUUGCUUUUAUCACAACCAGAUUGUGGUGAACAGGCACUUAGUCUUGUAGAUACCCUAAUUCGGAGUGGUUCACUUGAUGUAAUUGUUGUCGAUAGUGUAAGUUCAUCGAAGCCUGAAAAGGUGGCUGCCCUUGUUCCUAAAGGUGAACUUGAUGGUGAGAUGGGUGAUGCUCACAUGGCCAUGCAAGCUAGGUUGAUGAGCCAGGCGCUUCGGAAGUUGUGCCACUCCUUAUCACUCUCGCAGUGUAUAUUGAUUUUUAUAAACCAGGUGAGGUCAAAGCUUUCAACUUUUGGGGGUUUUGGUGGGCCGACUGAAGUUACUUGUGGCGGUAAUGCACUGAAAUUCUAUGCUUCUGUUCGGCUAAAUAUCAAAAGAGUAGGGCUUGUGAAGAAAGGUGAAGAGACUUUAGGGAGCCAGGUUCAAGUUAAAAUUGUUAAGAACAAGCUUGCGCCUCCAUUUAAAACGGCGCAGUUCGAACUCGAGUUUGGGAAGGGUAUUUGUAAAGAAUCCGAGAUUAUAGAACUUAGCCUAAAACACAAGCUAAUCUCAAAGAAUGGUGCAUAUUUCGGGUAUAAUGGCCAGAAUUUCCAUGGCAAGGAUGCCUUGAAGAGGUUCCUGGCUGAAAGUGAUAACACACAAGAAUUAACAGCGAAGCUUCGCGAGAAGCUACUUAACACUGAGAAAGAAUCAGUCACGGAGUCACAGGAUUCUAGUGACAAUGAAACUGCUGUUGCUUUAGAAGCAUGAUUAUUUUACUGAUCAUGAAGUCUGAGGCAUUCCAAUUUUUUCCCUGCUUGAAGCUGGACCCUGGUGAUUUGUGUAUGCUGUAGAUUUUAUGAACUAUGAUAACAGAAAAGGGGGCUUUAUUCAAAUGAAGGAGGCCUAUAGAAGCAAUGGAUCCUUCAUUGCCUUUUGUAGAUUGGAAAUUUUGUUCAAUUUUAUGUGACACAUGUAAUGAUUUGUCUCAAGGCUAGUAUGAAUUAUUAAGUCAUCGCUGAUAUAUAAGGUUUUCAAUCUACAAUUUGUAUAAUGGUGUUGGUGCACAUGCUUCUCAUCUGAUAUCUGUUUUGGUGCUUGUUCUUCUCUUCCUCUAGUUUCAUACUUGGCAGUAAUAUGAACAAGAUUGGGCUGUUACUAUAUUCCAUUAUAUGCAUAAAAAUCUGUAUCAUGAAUCUAUGAUUAUCUGAGUG